UGUUUAAAUGAUGAAAUAUAUUCUCGUGUACUUCAGAGGUAUCAUAAUUGACGGACAAAAAGGCUCCCAAACAUCUCAAAACACUCGAACACGGGAGUUACAUUCAAGGCCGACCUUGACACCCAAGGUCGGGAAAAGAUGUGGGACAACGAAUCAACAAAGAACAGAAUUCCAGCCGAGGCCGACCUCGACCUAAAUACGACGAGAUCACGACCUACACCUAGAAGUCCAACACCACAAGAUCACAUCAUUGCUUACUUUUUUUUUGAGCAGAUGUUUCUGUCAAAUAUUGGCUCUGCUCUAAGUAUAAAUUCACCAUAUUUACCUACCAAAAUAUACCGCGGCAUUGCCAAUUAUAUUUUCACGCUCACUGUAAAAUCUUUCUUGAAUUCAUGGAUUACACAGCCAUCAGCCCAUUUCCAUUCUACCCUCCUCUCCUCUUCCUUUUCUAUCUAAUCUCUAAACACUUCCACCGGAAAUUCAAGAACUACCCGCCGACCCCGUUCCUCACCCUCCCCGUCGUCGGCCAUCUCUACCUCUUUAAGAAGUCUCUCCACAAAACCUUAACCAACAUUUCCACGCAAUACGGACCGGUCGUCCUGGUCGAGUUUGGAUCCCGGAAAGUCCUCACGGUCUCCUCUCCGUCCGCGGUGGAAGAAUGGAUGUCGGGGAACGACGUCGUUUUUGCGAAUCGUCCCCGUCUCCUUGCCGGAAAACAUAUAGGGUACAACUACACCUCCCUAGCCUUGGCGUCCUACGGCGACCACUGGCGCAAUCUCCGCAAAAUCGCCGUCAACGAAAUCCUGUCCAAUAAUCGCCUCCAGAUGCUCCAACAAAUUCGUAUAGACGAGGUGAAAUCAAUGAUCCGGAAGCUGGAUUCGGCUUCGAUAGCGGAUUCUCAGGUUGACAUGAAGACUGUGUUUUUCGAGCUGAUGUUGAACCUGAUGAUGAGGAUGAUCGCCGGAAAACGUUAUUACGGCGACGACAAGGAAGUGGAUGUCAAGGAGGCGGAUCGAUUCAGGGAGAUUGUCAGAGAGGUUUUCCUCCUCAGUGGGGCCACCAACAUCGGAGACUACGUGCCUUCUUUGAGUAGGCUGUCCGUGAAAUUGGAGGAGAGUUUGCGACAGUUACAGCUCAAGAGAGAUGCUUACUUUCAGGAUUUGAUUAUAGAAUGCCGGGAAAGGAUGGAUGACGGCGGCGGUGAUGCGGCAGAGAAAAAGAAAUCAUUUGUGGAUGUACUGUUGACCCGGCAAGCAAAGGAACCCGAAUAUUACAAAGAUGAAAUUAUCAGAGGCCUCAUAGGGGUUAUCUUAGAAGCAGGAACAGACACAUCAGUUGCAACCAUGGAAUGGACACUCUCAUUGCUCCUAAACCACCAACAAAUCUUGAAGAAGGCGCAAAAAGAAAUUGAUUACCAAGUAGGAUAUGAGAGACUAAUUGAAGAAUCAGACAUAGCUGAACUCCCAUAUUUGAAUUGUAUAAUGAAGGAAGCAAUGAGAAUGUACCCCGUUGCCCCUCUCGCAGUCGCACACGAGUCCUCAGAGGAGUGCACUAUAGCAGGCUAUCACAUCCCGAAAAGGACAAUGCUGUUGCUCAACUUGUAUUCCAUCCAGAGAGACCCCAAAUACUGGGAUGAGCCAGAAAAAUUCAAGCCAGAAAGAUUCAAAGGCUUAGAAGCAAUUACUACUGCCAAAGAACAUGGUUAUAAAUGGAUGCCUUUUGGGUCUGGUAGGAGAGGUUGUCCUGGAGAAGCACUGGCAUGGCGCGUGGUUGGGUUGUCAUUAGCCUCGGUUAUCCAAUGCUUUGAUUGGGAAAGACUUGGAAGUGAGUUGAUAGAUAUGAGUGAAGGAACUGGUUUGACAAUGCCCAAAACAUCGCCUUUGGUGGCUAAAUGCAAGACGCGGCCUUUUGUCACCAACAUUCUGUCUACCUAUUCAAAAUGAUUUUUUUUUAUGUUUUCUUCAUUGUGUAAACAUGAUUUUCAUGGAAUAUUAUUGUCAUGUAAUAUUGCUUAAUCACACAUCAUCAAAUCAGAUUGGAAGUUGGUGUAGUUACCCAACUAUGGUGUAACUACUUGCGUAACUAGAUGAAAUCUGAUUAAUAAGUUUAUUUUCGUGAUAUAAACCAGCCAAUUUUCAC